AUAUGAACCCGCAUGUACUGUAUCAUUCCUAUUUAAUACUAUAAAAACCACCCUCUCUAGUCUCACAUUUUUCUUACAACCUGCUAGAGUUCAGUCCAGUAGAUAGAGAAAAGCGAAACGGAGAGGGACAAAAGAAAAAUGGCAGGGAGAUGGGCCACGUUAGCAUUUCGGCGGGUAGCCUCGGAGCUGGUAUCGUUCCGGUCGUCGAUCCUAAGAUGGCCGCAGUUCGUUUCCUCCUCGAUGCUCUUGCCGAGGUGGGGGUUCUUCGGGUGGCCCGAGCUGAGCAGCUUCAGUUUCUCCGUCGUGGACGACGUCGUUUGGGGUCUGAUCACGGCGUUCGAGUCCGUCGCCUUGGUCUCCAUGCUCUGCUUCUUCUUUCUCUUUUGCGGCUGCACUGUCUGAAAAGUAAAUUUAAUAAAAAAA